AUGGAUCAAUUCCAAGCUAUGAUUGAGCCAGCUCGCCAAUUCUCAAAGGACUCUUACCGUCUGGUCAAGAGAUGCACAAAGCCAGACAGAAAGGAAUACCAAAAGAUCGCCACGGCCACCGCGAUCGGAUUCGCCAUCAUGGGAUUCAUUGGAUUCUUCGUCAAGCUCAUCCACAUCCCAAUCAACAACAUCAUCGUCGGAGCCUAA